GAAGUAUGAUUUCAUUGCGAUGAUGACAUUUCUUAAUCAACAGUCCAAAAUAAACUCUAGACUCAUAUAUACUAUCGGGGCUUUGUUUAACUACAUAACUACUUGUUUGCACUUGACGACGUAUUAAAUAAUCAUUCAUAUUUCAAUAUAUUCAAAUUUAAAUAGUAUAGCAUCGCAAUGUUUAAUCGCAACAAAAAAACGGCUGAUCCAAAACGGAAACAUGAUUUAUCACAGUUUGGGAUUUUUGAUGUGCCCGACCCAGACAAUCAGGAAGAUGACAACGGUGGUGAUAGUGACUUUGAAGCUGAGCUAGCUGCAAUUACGGCUGGCGAAAAGAAAACCAGACCAAAACCCAAACCAAAAGCCAUACCACAAAGUGAUUUGGAUAAAAUGGUUGCAGAGAGUCUACGAGAUAUAGGUUCGGAUGAGGAACUGUCAGGCGAUGAUGAGGAUCCGGAUUUAUUGAAUGAACUUAGUGAGAUUACUGGUAAUGAAGUAGAAGAUGAUGCAACGCCAACAGAAACUUCACCUCCGGUGGCUGUGCAAACACAACCUAUUCCGGAUGUUUCUCCACCGAAUUCGGAUGAACCAAUUCUUCCGACAACAACAAUGGAUACCGUUGAACUGCUCAAAAGUCGCAUUGAGAUGUACAAGAUGGCGGAAAAGAUUGCAAAAGAAAGUGGUGACAGCACUCGUGCCCGUUCUCGUGGCCGAGGUGUUAAAAGUUUAGAGUCAAUGUUGAAGCAAGCAUUAGCUGGAAAAACGAUUAACCCAGACGAUAUACCACCAGUCGUUUCAACAAAAGCCCCAAACGCACCACCUACCGCCGUUUCGGUUACACCUUCGGAACCGCCAGCAAUUGCACAAGAUACUCCAACACAACAGCCAGAAGCCGCAGCUGAGCCAAGUGCCCCCGAUGCAGCUAAAGCAACUCCUGCAGUGAAUGAAACAAAAAUCAAUGCUCUGUUGGAGAGACAGCGAGAAUAUAAAAUGGCAGCUCUAACGGCUAAGAAGUCAGGCGAUACAGCUACCGCACUCCAGUACGUGAAAAUAUCAAAAAUAUUCGAUACAGUAUUAGCGUCAGCUCGGAAUGGAGAUGCAGUUGAUUUAAGCGAUAUGCCCCCACCUCCGAGUGAGCUACCGAGUGAUAUGUUGAAAGCUGUUGGAGAACCGCAAGCGCCAACACCACCAUCGCCACCGAAAGAAGAAAAUACAGUGCAACAAGCGCUUGAUGAGAAUAAAGGUGACGAACAGCCGGCCGCUGUGCCAGCUCCAAAGCCCAAACCAAUUGAGCUGCCUCCACCAGAAGUGCCUAAAACUAUUUUAGAAGCAUUGACGCAACGACUUCAAAAGUAUCAGGCGGUUGAAGCGAACGCAAAAGCUGAGGGAAAUGAUCGCAAAGCACGACAAAAUGGUCGAAUCGUGAAACAAUAUCUGGAUGCAAUCAAAGCGCACAAAGCAGGCAGACCAGUCAAUUUUGAAGAGCUACCAGCUCCACCCGGAUAUCCACCAAUACCCUCAACAUCAGCGCCUGCACCAGCACCAGCUCCUGCACCCAGACCUACCCCUGGACCACCUACACCGCCAGAAUCAGGUGAUCAGAGUCCAGAAAAUUCAUCACCGAAAAAGUCUCCAAUGAAGCGACAAGACUCGCGAGUCAGCGGCAAUCACUCCAACACGAGCGUUAUGAACAAAACAAUUGAAAUACUGCUCGAGCGACAACGAGAUUUCAAAGAGGCCGCUCUUGAAGCUAAGAAGGCCGGCGAAAUAGAAGAAGCAAAGGAAUUUUUAAAAACAUUCAAAGGAAUUGAUAAUUUAUUAAACGUGGCCAGAGGUGGACUACCAGUUGACCUCUCAUCGCUGCCAAUUUCACCGAAACAACGAGAAAAACUUAACGACACAUUCGAAAUGCUUAGCGACUCCGAGGACGAUGCGGCGACGCCGACGUCGACUUCUGGUGAUCUAAAAGAGCUGUACGAUCGUUUAGAAAAACAGUUGACAAAACAACUAGAAAAAUGCAAAACAUGGAGUGUUCAUCAUCGAGCUCUGGGCGAUGUGGCUGGAACAAAUCGAUUCGAAAACUUAGCAGUAUCUGUACAACACGAUCUGGACAUAGUUAAACUGGCUCAUCGAAAAGGAGGCAAAGUACCGAAAUUUCGCUUUGAUCAGAAAAAUUUCAACAUCGUCAAAUGCAAUGUGGAUUUGGCCGAAACAGAGUUGGAGAUCGAAGUGGUGCGAGGUAUUGGCUACAAUGUAUCAAAACCAAAAGAUGUAGAUACUUAUGUUAAAGUCGAAUUUCCAUAUCCUCAGGAAACUCCAUAUCGGAAUAAAACUGCAGUCAUUUACGACACCGAUAGCCCAGAUUAUAAUGAAAAGUUUGUCGCGGAAAUCCAACCAAAAGCGAGAUUAUGUCAACGUGUGUUCAAGCGCCAUGGCAUCAAAUUUGAAGUCUACAUCAAAGGAUGUUCAUGCUGUUCUGUUAGCCAUCUGUUGCCAUGUACGUGUAACACAAAUCUAUUGUGUUGUUUUAGUGGAUUUCUUCGAUCCGACACCUUGGUUGGAACGGUGAAUGUGAAGCUGCAACCAUUGGAAACGACAUGCGAGAUUCAUGAUUCAUUCGAUUUGAUGGAUGGCCGAAAAACGGUUGGCGGAAAGCUAGAGGUGAAGAUACGGAUUCGAAAUCCGAUUUUAACCAAGCAAGUGGUCAACGAAAGUGAAAAAUGGCUUGUUCUCGAAUGAAAUCCGAAUGACCCGGUGCAACUUGGUGAAAAUAAUUUAAUGAAAUUGGAUUAUGAUAUGAGCUGUCAUUCUGAUUUUAAGCAUUUUAUUCUUAAAGAAAUUCAUAUGUUGUUUGGCAAUUAAUGUAAUAGUUAUUAAUAAAAACACGAAAGAGAUAUUUUUCUGUUGAAA